AUGCCAUUUCAUGUCAUCUAUGGUAGUACUGGAAUAAGUAGUAGACUAAUAUGAUAUCUAUUGGAGAUAAAUCAGAAUUUGGUCGUCGACUAAGAGUAAGCGAAAAAUUCGAAAGCGUUUACAAAACCCGUUAAGUCCUCGAUUCGAGCACAUUAUGGUUGCUCCAGAAAUUUUGCUGCAUAUUUCAUUGUACGUUGAAUUGAAAUACACGAUUUGAUAAUAGAAAAAACAGAGUAUUGUUGGGAAUUGUAUGUAAAUAUAAAUUGAGACAAUAAUGUCUCUUGUAAUAUAAUAUAAAAAUCCAAGUCUUUAAGAGUUACAGUAAUUUACCACUCAGGUUUCGGCCAUACAAAGCUUUUGGCAGUGUCAGUUUUUAAGGGUGCUCAGUCAGUAAAAGGAGUAAGUGCUGAUAUUUUUACAAGUGAUGAAGCACCUGAAAGCCUAGAAAAUCUCUCUGAAAACUAUUCAGCUAUGAUUUUGGCAGCCCAACUUAUAUGGAUAAUGUGUCCGCAAAGUUCAAGGAUUUCCAGGAUAAAGACCUCACCAUUAUUUGUCAAGGGUGCGUGGAGAGAUAAAAUUGCGGCCGGAUUCACAGUUGCAACCUCGAAAAGUGGUUCGAAAGGAGGUACUUUGACUGCGAUGACAAUAUUUGCCCAACACGGAAUGCAUUGGAUAAACUUGGGGUUGGAAACAAUUCUAAGGAUGGCUCCGACAAUAAUUUGA